AUGGCGAUGAAGUUCUUCGGACUGUUGGCUGCUCUCGUUCUCCUGGUCCUCUGCAUGGCCCUUGGAGGUGAAGCUCAGAGAUUCGGCGGAUUCGGCGGAGGAAGGCGUGGAGGAUAUGGUGGUGGCGGCUUUGGGAGGGGAGGAUACGGCGGUGGCUAUGGGAGGGGUGGAUUCGGUGGGGGACGCGGACGCUUCUACGGCUGA